AGUUACACGCUGACAAUAUAGCUGUCCUCUGCAAGGGGUCCCUGUGAGUCCCCCAAAUCCAUCAGCAAUUGCUAAUCAGUUUUCCAAAAGUUGCCUACUUCCUCUCCAAUUGUAUUUUGAACAUUUCUGAUUCUUUUAAACGAAAAAAAAAGUAUCCUAAUUUCAGCAUGUGCAUGUGUACAUCUGUGGACGUGGGUGCCUAAGGGGCACAGUGAGGAGCCGGGAAAUGGAGGCGGAAGAGGAGGAACCCUAACACAGUCGUUCAAGAGGAGUCCCACCUAUGUUUGCAGACGGGGCAGAGUCUCAUUAAGUUGAUUUUCCAUUGCAAAUCUUUAAACUCAAAUCUCUAUAUUUUGGGUGAAUUGUAUGGUAUGCUAAUUAUAUCUCAAUGAAACUGUUAAUCUCUGUAUUUUAUUUCUUGUAUCUUUUGAUAAGAAGGGAGAACUAACAUUUUGGAUGCUUGCUACACUGAAUCACUGCACCAGACACAUCGGUUUCUUCACUGAAGAAAUUUUCACUGACCCCAACCAGUUAUCUGUUUUACAGGUGACAGAGCCAGGUUCACUGAGGUCUUAUGGGCCGUCCAAGGUUACUUAACAAGAGGCACGACCAAGUAUCAAGGAUGAUUCCAGACCCAGACCUGUAAUACGAUAAAGUGUGACAAGUGGAUCAAAAUAAGAAGCAGACAAGAAAAUGGUUGCCUAUCCUGGAGCGUGGUAUACUGUGCCAUAAUGGAAAGAUUGAGAGCAGCCUCACUCCAGAGACCUUGAUUGCAUCUGGACCUGAUUUGGAUAAUGAGAUUCUACAUCUGAUGCCAUAAUGGGAUAAGAGCAUGGGAGCUUUGGAGGGGGAGGGAAGAAAGAAGAGAUAGAGCCAUGGAGGAAAAGAGAACUCAAGAAUCCCAUUGGUCUACGAUAUCUGUCUCAUUGGAGAGAAUCUGCCCAUUGGGCGAUGGGAAGUUGGGAAGUCACCAGGUAGAGAAAGGAGUCAUCAACCAUGUCCUAUCAAGCUGAAAAUCCUAUAAGAUCCUUUAUCCAGAAUAAGAGGCCAUUUCUCCAGCACUCUUUUCAACAGGAUUUUAACUCUUCUAUGCAGCUGGCAAAAACAUCGAACCAGCAAAUUGAAAACACACAGUGCCCAUCCUAGAGGGUUUUACAAGAAGAAGAACUUAGUCGACUGAGUCACUGAUCAGAUUCUGGACGAGUGUGACCUCACGUCAGCUGUGGCCUUCUAUUCCCUCGCUGGCUGGAAUCCUGAUCGUACCACUUCUGGGGAUGCACAAAGCCCUCCCUCCGACGUCUUCCAGGUCCUGGAGUCCACCCUUCUCAUGGCCUCUUCCUCCUGAAUCCCUGUCUUGACCGGCUGGAUUGUACCCCAGAGUCGCCUUUCAAAAACUGGUCACAACGAGCAUGCAUGAGUUUAGCCAUCCUAAGUGAAGACUGAGAGAUUGCCGGAAGGAGAUUUGGGAGUCGGGGAGGAUGGACGAAAAUUAUAACCUCUUGCCUCAUGGAGUCAACUUCCAAGACGCCAUCUUUCCAGACACUCAAGAGAACAGAAGGAUGUUUUCCAGCCUUUUCCAGUUUUCGAACUGUUCACAAGGGCAGCAGCUGGCCACUUUCUCCAGUGACUGGGAGAUCCAGGAAGACAACAGGCUCCUGUGCUCCUCGGUGCAGAAGGCCCUGUUUGAGGAGGAGGACCACGUCAAGAAGCUGCAGCAGAAGGUGGCCACGCUGGAGAAGCGGAACCGGCAGCUCCGGGACCGGGUCAAGAAGGUCAAGAGGGCUUUGCGACAGGCACGGAAGAACGGCCGCCACCUGGAACUGGCCAACCAGAAGCUCAGCGAGAAGCUGGUGGCCUUGGCGGGGGCCGGCCCGCACAGCAAUGCCCUGGGGCAGGCGCCCGCAGCCCGCACCUACCUGCGGGGGUAGCGGGGGCGCCACGGCCCGCCCCGGCUCACUGGGGGCAGCACCCCUCGCCGGGGAGGGGGGAGUGAUGGAGGCGUCGGACUGCACGCGUCUCAAGUCUCGUAGAAGAUGCUUUUCCUGCGCGGUUGGCGGUGUCCAGUGGUUCAGAGGGGCCGCCUCGCUGCCCCCCUCUCCCCGGUUGGUCCGGGCAGUGCGUGGAAGCGCCGAGGCCAGGACUGGCUG